AUGGAAGAUAUAAAAUAUCGAGACAAUUUUAUAAAACUUGGAGAAGAAGGUCCAAGGAAUGCAACUACUACAAAUUUUUAUGGUAGUUAUUAUUUAUCAGAUAAAGAAGAUUAUUUUGAUAUAAAACGAUUUGAAGAGAAUUUAGAAAUGCAUGUAAUAAAGAAUGAAGAAAAUAUAUUAAUAAUAGAAAUAAAGAAUUUGAAUGUUUCUAUUGCUAAUGCUUUAAGAAGAAUUAUGUUAUCUGAAGUACCUACGAUUGCUAUAGAGAAAGUAAAUAUGUAUCAGAAUACUGGAAUAAUAGCUGAUGAGAUAUUAUGUCAUCGUUUAGGAUUAAUACCUUUUAAAUUUGAUGCAGAUUUAAUUAAUUAUAAAGAAGAGAAUGAAAAAUAUAAUCAUUUAAAUUGUUUUUGUUUUAAAUUACAUGUAAAAUAUAGUAAUAAAAGAAUAGGUAAUGAUAAUUAUCAAUCUAUUUAUUCAAAAGAUUUAAAAUGGUGUCCUAUAAAUGAACAACAAAGAAUAAAAUUUGAAAAAAAACCACCUAAAGUUGUUGAUGAUAAUAUAUUAAUUACUAAAAUUAGUAGUGGUCAAGAAAUUGAAUUAAUCUGUUUCUUACAAAAAGGAAUUGGUAAAACACAUGCAAAAUGGUCACCUGUUUGUACAGCUGUCUAUAAAAUGUAUCCACAUUUUUCAUUUAAUACAAAUGAACAACUAACCAUUCAAGAAAAACAAGAUCUAGUAAAUAUAUGUCCACAAAAAGUUUUCGAUAUUGAAGAUAGUCAACAAAUUAUUGUUAAAAAUCCUCUCAGUUGUUCAACUUGCAGAGUAUGUAUUGAAAAAUAUCCUAAAAAAAUAUCAUUCCAAAAAGAAAAAAAUCAUUUCAUAUUUACAAUUGAAUCCACUGGAUGUUUCUCAGCUGCAGAUAUUUUUAAAAAAGCUUUAUUCAUCUUAAGACAAAAAGUAAUAAAUGUAAAAGAAGCCCUAGACGAGCAACUAUGCCCCUAA